GUCCAUUUUGAAACCGUUGACAAGAGAAGAGAAGAUGGCGUUAUCUGAACCAAGACCUGAGCUUAAGACUAUAUAUAGCUACUAUGUCAUACAGGCUCGGAACAUCCCUCGAGGGUCUCACCAAGACUCGGAGAAGCUAAUCAGAGGAGAGGAGAGCCCUUACAUGCUGCCAGGAGGAAAAUUUGUCGGACUCCUUUUCCAAAACACCUGUGUUCUGAGCAGUCUAUUGGCCGGAAUACAUAUAACAGCAACAAGAUUUAGCAAAAUCAAAGAUUAUUUUAUGACAGACAACACAGUCGGUGCAGUCAUAACCUUUCUCGAUAACAAAAUGUAUAAUGAGGCGAUGGGUCUUUGGCUUAUCAAUUUAGAAUUGCGUGUUGGAAAAAAACGAUACUUUUCCCAUAACGAAUGUCUAGAUUGUAGAGGCUAUGUCAAAGACUUCCUACCAAAUUUCGAUGACCUGACAACUGUCAAAUAUGAAGACGACAACAACGAUCACGAUAUGAGCCCCUCAGCUUGCAUUUACAAUGGAACACUGAGCAAUUUUAAGAUAUAUGGUCACGUUUACAUCCUGGACACCGUAAUUGACCCUAAACUCAUCCUGGUGAAUACGCUUGGCCGAAUGGAAAACGGAUGUAUUCCUCCUUAUGUCAUCACGGAUGAUUAUUCAAGGAAGUAUGAGCUUCAGUUCCUUUUGCUGGGUUUGAUCACAGCAGAGAUCAAACACAUGGUGCUGUGUGUUAAACAAGAAGGAGGGCGAUGGAUGCUGUACGAUAACUCAGGAACGCCCCAAUUCCAGAACUUCAACAUGGAGAUAGAAAGGAAGAAAUACGUUGUUUACCUCGCUGCCUACGUGAAUUUGAACAGUGCAUAUCCAGAGAAACAAGUGCAAGAAUCAGAGCAAGUAAAUGACCUCCUCCUGCCAGUGGUUGCAACAGUCAACACCCACCGAUCAACAUUCCCAUUCAGUUUGCCGGUGGAAGAAACAACCAUCUCCACCCUGCAGACCUGUCAGCAGCAAUGAGAGGAUGCUUCCCUCCAAGUGGAAAAUGCAGAGGAAUGUGGCUGAGGGCACCCUGGCCUGAAUACACCCAGACAUUCAUUGCCUGAGCCCACUUGGUUGUGCUGCUGAUCCCAGUCCUAUGGAACCCUUGCUGACCACGUCCACCUGGUUGUGCUGCCUCCACUGAACCAACCUGCCUCCUUUAGCCGCUACACCAACAAAUGUUUAUUUCUUUACUUGCCGUGUCUUUGUUAAAAGCUAUCAGACCGACCACGGGGUCUUGAAGUAUUGGAAAUCUCUAUCCGGUACAGCCAAGCCUCUCAGCCUGGUUCCUAUCUAGGUUUCUUCCUUUUAGGGAGUUUUUCCUAGCCACUGUGCUCUUGCUUAUGCUUUGCUGUUUGGGGUCUGACAAUUGCAGAUGUAAAAAUGGCUUUAUAAAUAAAUUUGAUUGAUUGAUCAACAA